AUUAAAUAACAUAAUUUAAUGAUUUUAUUAAAUAAAAAAUAUUUAAUUGCAGAUGCAUUCAAGCUGAGCGUGGAGUUCGGGAAAACGUACCUGAUAAGAAUGGUGAACGCCGUUAUGAACAACAUCAUGUUCUUCAGGAUCGCCAACCACAGCAUCACCGUCGUGGGAACCGACGCCGCCUACACGAAGCCGCUCACCAGCGACUACAUCACGAUCUCCCCCGGUCAAACCAUUGACUUUCUUCUGACCGCCGACCAGCCCCCCAGCCACUACUACAUGGCCUCUAGGGUUUACGCCAGCGCCGGAUUCUUCGACAACACCACCACCACCGGAAUGCUCGUGUACGCCGGGAACUACACCGCGCCGCCGUCGCCGGCUCUCCCCACCCUCCCCCAAUUCAACGACACGACGUCGUCGGUCAAUUUCACCAACCGCCUCCGGAGCCUCGCGAACACAAAGUACCCAAUCGACGUGCCGUUAAACAUAACGGAGACGCUGUACUUCACGCUCUCGAUCAACCUCCGGCCCUGCCCGAACGACACCGUUUGCGACGGCCCGCGCCAGGAGAGGUUUCUGGCGAGCGUGAACAACGUGACCAUGGUGCUCCCGAAAACCGCGAUUCUCCAGGCGUAUUACAGCGGAAUGGGCGCCGGAGUUUACGAGACCGAUUUCCCCGAUAAUCCCCCUUUCCGAUUUAAUUACACACAGCAGUUUGUGCCCAUAGAUCUGUGGCGGCCGGAGAAUGGGACGGCGGUUAAUGUGCUCAAGUACAAUUCGAAUGUGGAGCUUGUUUUUCAGGGUACGAAUACGGUUGGGGGUAUAGAUCACCCGAUGCACUUACACGGGUACAGCUUCUACGUUGUCGGGUCGGGUUUGGGUAACUUCAACAGAAGAAGGGACCCACUAAAUUACAACCUUGUGGACCCACCUCUCAUGGAAACUAUUGCUGUCCCCGUAAAUGGAUGGACUGCUAUCAGAUUCAAGGCCAAUAAUCCAGGUUUUUUUUGGGUUUGGUUUAUGCAUUGCCAUUUCGAGAGGCACGUGAGCUGGGGAAUGGGAAUGGUGUUCAUAGUUAAAAACGGGAAAAGGCCGGAGGAGCGGUUGCUGCCACCACCGUCCGAUUUGCCACGGUGUUAA